GAGUAGUGCCCUCUCUACAUUUAUAUUUUACAUGUGAGCACCUGAGCACAUGGCAGCACGUGAAUGUCAAGCGUAAAUUUUAAUCUAUAGUAAUUUUUAUUGUGUUUUCUUGUGAUCAGUGAAAGAACUCAGUUUCAAAAAUGCCGAAAUCAAAGAGAGACAAAAAAGUUUCCCUCACUAAAACUAAUAGAAAGGGUUUGGUCUUGAAACAGCGAAUUAUCGAAGAUGUUAAGAAAUGUGUGGAAGAAUACAAUCGCAUAUUCUUAAUCUCCGUUCAAAAUACACGUAACACUAAGCUUCUUGAGUUACGUGCUGAAUGGAAAGAUAGUAAACUUUUAUUUGGAAAACUCAGAAUAAUUGCAAUGGGUCUAGGAAUAUCCAAGGAAACCGAGAUUGCAGAAAACAUACAUAAGUUAGCUAACGCAAUGAAAAAUUGCUCAAUGAAAGGCCAGUGUGGUUUGUUAUUUACAAAUAGAUCAAAGAAACAGGUGAUAGAAUGGGUAAAUGAUUAUGAAGAAAUGGAAUACGCCCGUUCUGGAUUUGUAACACCUGAAACGGUGGAGUUACCUGAAGGACCUCUGCCACAGUUCCAACAUAGCAUGGAACCACAAUUAAGACAGCUGGGCAUGCCUACGUCGCUGCAAAAGGGAGUUAUUACCUUGAUCAAACCAUUUACAGUUUGUAAGUCGGGAGAUACACUGACUCCGGAGCAGGCACAAAUUCUGAAAUUGCUGAAUAAACCACUGGCAGUUUUUAAGCUGCUACUUUUGGGAGUAUACACGAAAAAACAUGGUUUUAAGACACUCAAAGUACCAAAUGAUUCAGAAGAGAUGGAUGUAGAUAACGAUGAUACGUAAAAUUUAUAUGUAUUGUAAUUUUAGAAAAAAUCAUGUAUAUAUGGCUUUAUACAUAAAUAUAUUUCUUUAUUUGUAA